GUUUUAGUUGUCAACAUGUCAAAAUUAACAAUAUUUGUAUCCAUCCAAUAUACCUAGCACAAUUGGAUCCGGUUUCGUGUGCCCCACAAACUGCAUGCGAAAUGUGUUUCCAUUGAGCCACGCAUUUUCCACACAUAGAGCUGCCACUACAUGCAAUAAUCCAUCAAUCAGCCAAGCAAUAUAUCAAUCAGCAACAUGGCCAACUACACAGCAAAAAAGCUCAAGGAAAUACGGAGCAUCUUCCGACUCCACGACAACUACGGCGACAACAAAAUAGCCGUGACCCAGGUGGGGAAUUGUCUGCGAGUGCUCGGCACAAAUCCCAGUGAGGCAGUGGUGCGCAAAUAUAUCGAGCAGCUGGGUCCAACAGGACGCAUAACUUUUGACAAGUUUCUGGACAUCUACGAGGACAUCCUGCGAAUGCCUUGCACCCAUGCUGCCGAGGAUUUGAUUGCAAGCUUGCGACUCUUCGAUGAUGCUGGCAAUGGAAAGAUGUCGGCAGCUCAUCUGCGUCGCUUGCUAACAACCUGUGGUGGGGAACAGCUGAGUUUCAAGGAACUGGAUGAAUUGCUGUCACAACGCGUAGAUGCCAAAGGUCAAAUAAACUAUGUCGAGUUUGUUCAUAUGAUCAUGAAUGGUUGAUGAUAAGAAGGGAGAGAGAACGUGCGGCAAUACAUCCAUUAAACUAUCCAAUAGUUCACAACACAUAAAUGAACAUAUAUUUACAAAAAUAAAUAGAUCAAAGGUUUACGGUUCAAUAUAAGAAUAAACAACAGCUUUUAUAUAAAAUCUAA